AUGUAUGUCACACGCUUGAAUACUCACCAUCGCAUCAACCAUCACCAUUCGAUAUCAGUGUAUUUCAUGGCUAUAAGCAACAACACAAGUGGAAAGCCUCCAGGGCCUAUGACACCAACAUCUGGUCACUGGGAAUGGGGGAAUGGGCCAAAGCCAAGGCCAGGAAGCCAAAAAGGAGCGCGAAGUGCUCCAUUUGCUUCCUGUGCCGAAGGCACAAUGGGUGUGAAGCUAGUAAUAGAUGUAGCAGAUGAUACUGCAAUGCCGUUUUCCUCCAUCCUUGAGGAUCUUAUCAUUGCAGAAUAUGGGUCAUUGAUGGAUGGAAUGGAUCCCGACAAUGCAGGCAAUCCACAUGCCUUGGCAGCCCAUAUGCGCAUGUGCCAGCGCAUGGACAUCUGCGCUAAGGGCCUCCACAACAUUCUUGCAGAGUCAUUCAGCUUGCUUGCCACACCAACGAUGCCAAUGGAUGGGCUACCCCUGCAUGAAGACACCAGGAGCAAGCUACAUGAGGAUGCUAUAUUAAGCCAGGAGAGGCAGAGAUGCACUGCAUUAGCACAAGCAAUCUACAGUGCAAAGUCAGACUUGCAGAUGGUCUGGAGGAUUGUGGAGCUGGCAUGA